GUGGGGGGGCUUGGGGAUUAGCAGGGAGCAUUGCUGCGCCCCGCUGACCCGGCUCCGCUCCCCAGCCACGUCCCCGCAGCCAUGGCGCGGCCCCUGAGCGACCAGGAGAAGCGCAAGCAGAUCAGCAUCCGCGGCAUCGUGGGCGUGGAGAACGUGGCGGAGCUGAAGAAGGGCUUCAACCGGCACCUGCACUUCACGCUGGUCAAGGACCGCAAUGUGGCCACGCCGCGCGACUACUACUUUGCCCUGGCGCACACGGUGCGCGACCACCUGGUGGGGCGCUGGAUCCGCACGCAGCAGUACUACUACGAGAAGGACCCCAAGAGAGUCUACUACCUCUCGCUAGAAUUUUACAUGGGCCGGACCCUGCAAAACACCAUGAUCAAUCUCGGAUUGCAGAAUGCCUGCGACGAGGCCAUUUAUCAGCUGGGGCUGGACAUAGAGGAGCUGGAGGAAAUUGAAGAGGACGCUGGCCUGGGCAAUGGAGGUCUCGGAAGACUGGCUGCCUGCUUCCUGGACUCCAUGGCGACACUGGGGCUGGCAGCGUAUGGGUAUGGCAUACGCUACGAAUACGGGAUCUUCAACCAGAAGAUCCGGGAUGGAUGGCAGGUGGAAGAAGCAGACGACUGGCUCCGGCAUGGCAACCCCUGGGAGAAAGCCCGUCCCGAGUACAUGCUGCCCGUCCACUUCUAUGGGAAAGUGGAGCACACGAAGAGCGGGGUGAAGUGGGUCGAUACGCAGGUGGUCCUCGCCUUGCCCUAUGACACCCCAGUGCCUGGAUACAUGAACAACACAGUCAACACCAUGCGGCUGUGGUCUGCUCGGGCCCCCAAUGACUUCAACCUCCGGGACUUUAAUGUUGGAGACUACAUUCAGGCCGUCUUGGAUAGAAACAUAGCUGAGAACAUCUCGCGUGUCCUGUACCCGAAUGACAACUUUUUCGAAGGCAAAGAGCUGCGGCUCAAGCAGGAGUACUUUGUUGUGGCUGCAACCCUCCAGGAUAUCAUCCGACGCUUCAAAGCAUCCAAAUUCGGAAGCACCGAAAGCGUCCGGACUGUGUUCGAUUCUUUCCCGGAUCAGGUAGCAAUACAGCUGAAUGACACUCAUCCUGCCAUGGCUAUUCCUGAGCUGAUGAGGAUUUUUGUGGACAUCGAAAAGCUGCCAUGGAGCAAGGCCUGGGAGAUCACAAAGCAGACGUUCGCCUACACCAACCACACGGUGCUGCCCGAGGCGCUGGAGCGCUGGCCGGUCGACCUGAUGGAGAAGCUCCUGCCAAGGCACCUCCAGAUCAUUUACGAAAUCAACCAGCAACACUUGGACAGGGUCUCGGCGCUGUUCCCCAAUGACGUCGACCGCCUGAGGAGAAUGUCCCUGAUCGAGGAAGGGGGGGUCAAGAGGAUCAACAUGGCACACCUCUGCAUUGUGGGCUCCCACGCCGUCAACGGCGUCGCCAAGAUCCACUCGGACAUCGUGAGGACACAGGUGUUCAAGGACUUUGCAGAGCUGGAACCCGGGAAGUUUCAGAACAAGACCAACGGAAUCACCCCCCGGCGCUGGCUCUUGCUGUGCAACCCUGGGCUAGCGGAGCUGAUAGCCGAGAAAAUAGGGGAGGACUACGUGAAGGACCUGAGCCAGCUGACCAAGCUGCACAAAUUCGUGAAUGACGACAUCUUCAUUCGGGAGGUGUCCAAAGUGAAACAGGAGAACAAAGUGAAGUUCGCCCAGUUCCUGGAGGAGGAGUACAAGGUCAAGAUCAACCCGUCCUCCAUGUUCGACGUGCAUGUGAAGAGGAUCCACGAGUACAAGCGGCAGCUGAUGAACUGCUUGCACAUCAUCACCAUGUACAACCGCAUAAGGAGGGACCCAACGAAGCUGUUUAUGCCCAGAACAGUCAUCAUCGGAGGCAAAGCGGCUCCAGGGUAUCACAUGGCUAAAACAAUCAUCAAGCUCAUCACGUCUGUGGCCCAUGUGGUGAACAAUGACCCCGUGGUGGGGAGCAAGCUGAAGGUCAUCUACCUGGAGAACUACCGGGUAUCGCUGGCAGAGAAAGUGAUUCCAGCCACCGACUUGUCCGAGCAGAUUUCCACCGCCGGGACAGAAGCGUCGGGCACAGGGAACAUGAAGUUCAUGCUCAACGGCGCGCUCACCAUUGGCACCAUGGAUGGGGCGAAUGUGGAGAUGGCGGAGGAGGCCGGGGAAGAAAACCUGUUCAUCUUCGGCAUGAGGGUGGAGGACGUGGCAGAGUUGGACAAGAAGGGGUACAAUGCUCAGGAUUAUUACGACAAGCUUCCCGAAUUGAAGCAGGUCAUCGACCAGAUCAAGGGGGGCUUCUUCUCUCCGAAGCAGCCAGACCUGUUCAAGGAUGUUGUCAAUAUGCUGUUCCACCAUGACCGGUUUAAAGUCUUUGCAGACUACGAGGCGUAUGUCAAAUGCCAGGACAAAGUCAGCGAGCUGUAUAUGAACUCCAAGGAGUGGACUAAAAUGGUCAUCAGGAACAUCGCAUCCUCGGGGAAGUUCUCCAGUGACAGGACCAUCAAGGAAUACGCCAGGGACAUCUGGAACGUGGAGCCUUCUGAUCUGAAGAUCCCUCCACCCAACGUACCGAGGGAUGUGGGUGAAGACAAGACCUCCAAUGACACGACAGCCAGCUCCAAGGCUGAAAAGCGGAAGCUGUAGG